CUUUGGCUUUGCCCCAGGAAGGAGGAAGUGGCCGUUAUUUCGUGGCCGUUGUCCCUCGAGGCGGGGGAAAGGGGUGAUGAGCGCGAGGCGAGUUUGGCCCCGCCCCUUCCUGCGCCCCCUUCACGCGCACACACGGCUCGUGCCUGAGGCUACCUCAUAUUGCAAUUCACUAAGAAAGAAAGUUUAAACGACAAUGGAUUUGACCGCUCGAAGUCACUUGCUUCAGAAUCGGGAGGCUCUGGAAAGAGAUAUUAAGACUUCCUAUGUAAUAGACCAUAUGAUUGCAGAUGGAGCGUUAACACCGCAGGAAGAGGCGGAAGUAAAAGCUGUGACUACUCAAAGGGAUCGAGCAGCUAAGCUUAUAAAAACAAUUCUUAAGAAAGAUGACCAUGCAUACAUAUCAUUUUAUAAUGCUCUGGUUCAUGAGGGAUACAAAGAUCUUGCUGCCCUUCUCCAAGAUGGUAUCCCAAUUAUUUCCCCUCGUAAUGGAAAUAAGUCUACAGAUGGAGUAACGUCCUAUGUUAAGACCAUCCUUUGUGAAGGUGGAGUUCCACAGCGGCCAGUUGUAUUUGCCACUCGUCCAGAACUCACAAAAAGAAUACAGCGAAAACUAUAUAAGCUGAAAAGUGAUCCAGGAUGGGUUGUUAUUUAUGGUAUGGCAGGCUGUGGAAAGACUGUUUUGGCAGCAGAUGCACUUCGUGACCACAAUCUUUUGAAAGACUGCUUCCCAGGAGGAGUACAUUGGGUUUCUAUUGGGAAACAAGACAAGUCAGGCCUGUUGAUAAAACUCCAAAAUCUGUGUCUGAGGUUGGACCAGGAUGUCACUUAUUUACAGAGGCCACCACUUAAUAUUGAGGAAGCAAAAGAUCGCCUUCGAGUGUUGCUGUUUCGCAAAUAUCCAAGGUCUCUGUUGGUUCUGGAUGACAUUUGGGAUUCAUGGGUAUUAAAAGCCUUUGAUAGUCAUUUCCAGAUUCUUCUCACCAGUAGGGACAGGAGUGUAACAGAUUCUGUAACAGGCAAGAAAUACGAAGUUCCAGUGGAAAGUGGACUAUCACAUGAAAAAGCACUUGAAAUAUUAUCCCUAUUUGUUAAUAUGGAAAUAACAGAGCUACCAGAAAAAGCUGAUUGGAUUGUAAAAGAAUGCAAAGGUUCUCCUCUUGUGGUAUCUUUAAUAGGAGCAUUAUUACGAGAUUUUCCAAAUCGCUGGGAAUACUAUCUUAGACAACUUCAAAAUAAGCAGUUCAGAAGAAUAAAGAAAUCUUCAUCUUAUGAUUACGAAGCACUUGAUGAAGCAAUGUCCAUAAGUGUUGAAAUGUUGCCAGAAAAUUCUAAAGAUUAUUACAGAGAUCUUUCUGUCCUUCAAAAGGACGUUAAAGUGCCUUCAAAGGUAUUCUGUGUUCUUUGGGAUAUUGAGACUGAAGAAGCUGAAGAUAUACUACAAGGAUUUGUUAAUAAAUCUCUCCUGUUCUGUGAUCGAAAUGGGAAAUCAUUCCAUUAUUAUUUGCAUGAUCUUCAACUUGAUUUUCUUACUGAGAAGAAUCGUGAUCAGUUGCAAGCACUACAUAAAAAAGUAGUUCAUCAAUACAAGAACCACUAUGCACAGUAUAUGCCAAAUUCAACUCAGGAAGACUGGAUGUAUUGGUAUAAUUUUCUCGCGUACCAUAUGUCAAGUGCUAGCAUGCAUGAUGAACUCUGUGCUCUCAUGUUUUCACUAGAAUGGAUUAAAACUAAAACAGAAUUGGUAGGACCUGCACAUUUGAUUCAUGAAUAUGUUGAAUACAGUGAAAUAUUGAAUGAAAAGGAUCCCAUUGCACGUGAAAACUUCCAGGAAUUUUUAUCUUUAAAUGGACACCUGCUUGGACGACAGCCAUCUCUGGACAUUGUGCAGCUGGGCCUUUGUCAACCAGAGAGUUCAAAAGUAUAUCAACAAGCCAAGCUACAAGCUCAGCAAGGACUUGAUAAAGGAUCCUUUUAUGUGGAAUGGAUGAAUAAGCAGUCCAUAAAGAAUACUUAUCGUCUGGUUGUGCGUCCACACACAGAUGCUGUUUAUCAUGCUUGUUUUUCCCAGGACAGACACAGAAUAGCUUCAUGUGGAGCUGAUAAAACAUUGCAGAUAUUUAAAGCAGAAAGUGGAGAAAAGCUUCUGGAAGUAAAAGCUCAUGAUGAUGAAGUACUGUGUUGUUCCUUUUCAGCAGAUGACAGAUUUGUUGCUACUUGUUCUGCUGACAAAAAAGUAAAAGUCUGGAAUUCACGAACAGGUCAACCUGUGUGCAUAUUUGAAGAACAUACAGAGCAGGUCAACUGCUGUCAGUUUAGCAAUACAAAUCAUAACCAGUUUCUGUUAGCUACUUGUUCAAAUGACAGUUUUAUCAAACUCUGGGAUUUGAAUAAAAAGUACUGUCGCAAUACGCUAUUUGACCACAGCAGUUCUGUUACUCACUGCAGGUUCUCUCCAAAUGAUAAAUACAUUGCUAGUUGUUCAGCAGAUGGAACUUUAAUGCUUUGGUAUGCCCAGUCAGCAAAUAAACGAAAAACUGUUGACAUAAGAGGCAACUUCAGGAAUGUGGAUGAAUACCAAGAUGACAUGGAAGUGUUAGUGAAAUGUUGUUCAUGGUCAUCUGAUAGUACUACAAUAGUCGUAGCAGCCAAAAACAAGCUUUUUCGUACUGAUACCAAGAUCAGUACUUCAUUGCCAGAAGUCCUUAUAAACCACCACUAUACUAUUCAGUAUUGUGAUUUUUGUCCAAAUAGUCAGAUGGUGGCGGUUGCUUUAUCAAAUUAUUCUGUUGAGAUAUGGAAUAUUGAAUCCUGUUCCAAAAUAGCGGACUGUCGUGGACAUAUGAGCUGGGUGCAUUCUGUGACAUUUUCUUUUGAUGGUUCUUUAUUCCUCACUUCUUCUGAUGACCAAACAAUAAGGAUUUGGGAGACAAGUAAGGUAUGCAACUUCUCUGCUAUUGUGUUAAACCGUGAAAUAGACGUUCUGUUUCUGGACAGUGACGUGAUCAUCUUAGCCAUUGAUAGUUCAAAGCGUCUGCAACUUAUUAGUGGAUACACAGGCAAUACCAUUUAUUUGACCAAAGAACAAGAUUCUUUAAUUUGCUGUUGCUGCUUGAGCCAUGACCGGAAGGUUGCAGCAUUUGGAGAAAAUAAUGGAACAGUAAAGGUCUUAAGUCUGCAAAAUGGAAAUACUUUAAAUUCUAGAACUGGACACAGAGAAGCUGUACAACACUGCCAGUUUACUUCUGAUGGGAAAACACUUAUUUCAAGCUCUGAUGACUCGACUAUACAGGUAUGGAAUUGGCAGUCAGAGGAAUGCAUUCUUCUAAAAGGUCACAAUGAACGUGUCAAGAAAUUUCUUCUUCUAAAAGAUUCAAGGCUUCUGUCAUGGUCAUUUGAUGGGACAGUUAAGCUUUGGAACAUAGUUACUGGAGAAAUAGAAAAAGAUGUCAUCUGCCAUGAAAACGCUAUUCUUUCUUGUGCAAUUUCACCUGAUGCCACUAUGUUUUCUACUACCUCUUCUGACAAGACUGCCAAGAUAUGGAGUUUUGAAACAUCAUCAAUGCUUCAUAAGCUAAAUAGUCAUGAAAGCUGUGUAAGAUGCUGUGCUUUCUCACUUAAUAAUGAACUGCUUGCCACAGGAGACGACAAUAGAGAAAUACGGGUGUGGGAUGUCUCAAGAGGUGAGCUGCUCCAUCUCUGUUCUCGUGCUUCAAUAGAUGAAGGCGAAUCAGCACAUGAAGGCUGGGUAACAGACCUUUGCUUUUCCCCUGACAAUAAAAUCCUGGUUUCUUCUGCAGGAUAUAUAAAGUGGUGGAAUGUGGAUACUGGUCAACCUUUACAAACAUUCUACACAAAUGGAACGGAUCUUAAAUCUCUGCAUGUGUCCCCAGAUUUCAAAGUAUGUGUGACUGUCGAUAAUCUUGGCAUUCUUUAUGUGCUACGGAUUAUGGAAUAAUUAUUUUUAAGACUCUGACAACUUUUGUAACUGAAGCGUUUUGAGCCAGAAGCAUCUUUUAGGGGAAAAUCUUUUUUUAACUCUUAUGAAAUGUGAAGUGAUUUUCUACUCAGACAUGCAUUAUGCAUAUGUUUAUUUGUUCAUGUUUCUGAAUCUGCACACGUUUUCUAUUUUGCAUUUGAUCAGCAUUUCAAAGUUUGAUCUCUAUCUUGUAAAUACUGCUGUAUUUAAAGAUUUAAAACUUCAUGUGCUAUUUAAAGAUUAGAACAUUAGGGUGCUUCCACAGAGGGAAGGGAGUUUGCAAAUGUAACUAGGAAGGUGAUGAUCUCCCCAUCUCUCUUCAGACUCCCCUGAAUCUGAUUUUGGGUAGUGAUAGGGAUGAAUUAGGGAACAGAAGGAAAGGGAAUUGUCCCCGUGCAAUGUUGAAUUUGGGCUAAACAAAUAUACUACGGGUAAUUGAAAGGAGUAUGAUGCACUGAAAUUAUAUUAUUGAUUUAUGGGUUAUGUUGUUAAACAUAUGUGCAAUUACAUUAAAAUCAUAGUUUUUUAUUGAUGUUUUAUAAAUGCAGAUAGUAAUGCAGAUUUAUAAAGUAAAUUCUGAAAGCCUUGAUAAAUUGUAUGACAGUAAAUCCUAGUAUCAUAAAAUCAAAUAUUAAGAGUACUCUAAUGAGUAGCAGUUUGUGAUUUUUCAGACAUAAGUAAUCUAAGCACAGUGUUCCUUGGCAUCAUCCCACACUACUUGCCCAGAGGAUUUGCAAGCUCAUGUCUACUCAUGUGAAAAGCCAUUUCAGUACUUUUUCUGUUUGUUGUUUCAGAUAGUUUAAAACAUUGCCAUUCUAUAUUUGAUAACCUUUUUUCUCAGCUGUUAAAAUUACAGUAUUGUGGUCAGAUAAAAUAAUUUUAAAUUGUAUUAUGUCUCAUACAGAAAAUGGAAGUAAAAUGUUGAUAUUUUAACUAACAAUAUUAUGAUAAGGGGAUUAUAAAUGUUAAUUUUGGAGGAGAUCAUUUUCAGAUUUCCCCAUCCAGCAUAACGCAGAAUUAUGUUAUAAGCUGCAUGAUGAAAGUAGCAACUUGAGAACCUGUUUUUGCUUCUGUCCCACUUAGCAGGAAACCUUCAUGAAUGCAAAGAAUGCCAAACAAAAGGAUGCUAAGGAAAUCUGUUCUUUUUUGCACAAAAUUAAAUGAGAUCUGUAAUGAGAGACAGAGACGCAGAGUUACUUUAUUUAUCGGUUAUCAAAUUUGAUGUCAGUUGAACAUAUUACAUUGGGCUGGGUGCUUUAUGAGAAUCAAGCACACCCAGCUCAUGGAAAAUGUUUUCAGUAAAGUUUUUCAAAUGAUAGUAUUUUUAAAAAAAUCUACUGGUGCUAUCUAUUGCAAGUGCAGAUAAAGCAAGCUGCAUAAUUAAAAAGGGGUGGUUGGUUUAUUACAUUUGGAAGGAGAAAUUGUUUCCAGUUUAACUAACAUUACAAGACGUAGCAGGAGUACUAAUAGCAUUGCAGUUUAGCUUUUGGCUAUGCUAUGCUUUUGGCUGUACUGUGAUGCUUCACGUUAAUUGGUUUAUAUCUGUGUAUCAAAAGAAAUGACUAAAUUUUCCAACCAGGCUGAAUUUUUUAAACAACAUUAUAAUUUUGUCAUGGCAGCCUUUUUGUGUUUGAUUGAACAAGUUGUUAAAUUGCUAAGCAAUAAAUAUUAGGAUUGAGCGUUUGUAUGAAAUCA